AUGCGCCUGGUGUCAGACCUGCAGCGCUGCAUAGCGGAGGGCCUCUGCCCCGUUGGCGACGGCGAUUUUGAGGACGACAACGACAGCAGCCGCGGCGAUGAUGGCGCCUUUGACGCCACAUUGGACGGUCAGGGCGGCGUCAGCGGCGGCGGUGGCGACGGAGGCGCGGCGGCGCUUACUGGCCGGCCGAUGGCAGCCGGGGAGCUGCGGGGGCGCUGGGAGGAGCUCUCUUCGCUGGCAGUCGCGGCCGCCGCUGCUCGAGCGACGGGAUCGAUCGCCGGCGCGAGGGCCGCUGAGUCGCUGCGGACGCCGCUGACGGCGCUGUUCGCGCAGGCCGAGGCGUGGCGCGACGCCGGCGGCGGCGGCGAGCCGGCGACGCUGAUGGAUGAGAUCACAAAGUCGUAUGUUUCCCUCGGACUAUGCGAUGACGACGGAGACGGCGGUGCCUGCACCGCGGACAGCGCAGCCGCGGCCCACAGCAGCCCGCGCUCACCCCCAGCGCCGCUGGCCGCCUCGGCCGCCGGCAGCCGCGCGGGCGCCGGCGCCCUGACGCCGAUCCCGGCUGGGAGCGGCACGCUGGUGGGCUUCGUGGUGGCGCACAACGCGGCGGCGCGCAGCGUCAUGACGAAGCGGGUGCUGUUAUCCGGCAGCCUUCCACAGCAGUGGUGA